AUGUGUGCAGAGGCAGUGACGCCGCCACUGCGCGUGGAGCUGCGCCUCCAGCUGGCCGUGCUGCGGGCGGUGAGCGCGUGGGCGCCGGACGGGUGGCCGGCACUGCGCCACGUGUACCACGCGUACACCGGCUGUGUGGUGGCGCUGCUGGCGACGCUGGUGGCUGCCCAGGGCAUGGCGGCGCGCCACUUCUGGGGGGACAUGCUCAGCGUAGCCAUGAACGCCUGCCUCAUAUUCACCUACGUCACGGCCUCCCUCAAGGCCGUCGCCUUCGUCACCAUGCACCACUUCGCAGACACACUCGUCCACGACAUCAACAGGGGUCUGCAGGAAUUCGGAGAAUCCUACAGACAGGAGAAAGAAGCGGUUUACGCGGCGUGUGCACGCCAGAGCGUGCUGCUGACGUGCGUCCACGUGGGCAUGGGUGCGGUGGUGCACGUGUGCUGGCUGACGCUGCCCGCCACCAAGGUGGCCGCCUGCCAGACCGUCGAGUGCCGCGUCAAGGAGGGCCUGCCCGCGCUCGUCUGGUUCCCCUUCCCCUUCACCGAGCCGCCCUUCUACGAGGCUGUGUACGUAGGCGUGUCGCUGGCGCUGUUCUACGGCUACAUCCUGACCACGAUGUUGGAUGGCUUCUUCUUCGCGCUCAUCAUCUAUACUGCGGGCCAGCUGCGAGUCCUCAACCUGAUGGCCACACGCUUGUGCGACCCUGAGCCAGGCUCCAAGGUCUGCACGGACCAGCAGCUGCAGCGGCGCAUGGCGGAGGUCGUCCAGUGCCACGCACACAUCGACAGGUGUGUGCAGCGGCUGAGCACCCUGCUCGGCCCCAUCCUGCUGGGGCAGUUCCUUUCAGACAUCCUCACCAUCAGCAUCACCGCGUUCGUUGCUACAGCUGCGAAGACGGAUUCGGAGUGGCUGUUCAAGUACGGGUCGUACCUGUCCGCAAUAUCGGAGCAGCUGCUACUCUACUGCUGGCUGGGCCACGAUAUCCUCACAGAGCAAUGA